AGUUAAUUAUAAAACUAGAUGGCACCAGUUUAUGGUUGCUAAUAUCAGAUUAUCAACUCAUCCAUUUUUAUUCUUACAUGUAUAUUCUUUUCAUUCUUAUUGGAUCAUCUAUAGACUGUUAUCUCAGCCAGAGCUACAUCACCAUUUCAAAGUUGGUUCCUGUGGAAUCUAUUAAAACGCUUAUAAUAGAAUAGACUUUUAUUAUCAUUGCACAGUGUCGUACAACACAAUUGUAGGAGCUUGGCUCAAAAUAGUGUACAGAAACAAAUAACAUAAUAAAACAAAAAUAAUUAAAUAAAUAAAUAAAACAAAAUAUAAAAGGUGGCAUUUUCAAUGUGCAAUACAAGUUAAAACUUUCAAUAAAAAAAGUUCUUAAAUAGUGCAAUGGUCCUUUAAGUAGGUGUGUGUGUGUGUGUGUGUGUGUGUGUGUGUGUGUGUGCGCGCAUGAGUGAAUUGAAUUAAAUUAUGACAUGUUGUUGAAAGGUAUUAAAACGCUGAUAUGUUGAUGACAGUCAAUCUAUAAACAUGAUUGAAAAUAUAUUUAAGAAAAAAAAGAGGAGGUCUAAUAUCCUACUCGAUGAAAGUACAGUUUCUUUAUUUACAGGUCUUAUCUCUGAAAACAGAAAAUGACCUGCCCACACUUCUCAGGGUGUUCAUGUAUGUUGGGGAAAGAAGAUAAGUACAUUACACAGCAGCACGUGCUGACAUGAGUCAAUGUUUUGGAGCUGCAUAUUAUAAGGUAUAAGCAUGACAAUAUUCAUAUAUUUCUGCAUUCUACUCCACUUCAUCUGCUGUUCUGCCACUCAGGAGAAUAAGACUUCAGAUCUUUAUCCCAAAGAUGUGACAGCAAUUCCAGAAACACUGAAAGCUGGAGCCACAAGCGUCUAUUUUAUGGGCAGUCAGAUUCAUGUCAUACCAAAAGGAGCAUUUUCCAAAAACCCUCAACUAGAGAAAAUCGCGUUUUCUGAGACACCUACAGCUUCAGUAGAAGAAGGUGCAUUUGAAGGUUUAGAACAUCUCGAUACCAUUGAAAUUUCAGAUACCCAAGUGACAUCUCUACCUGUUGGUGUUUUUAAGAAUCUGACCAAACUUUGGAAGUUGAUUCUGACAUCAAACAAAAUUCAGAGCCUAGAAAAUGGACUGUUUCAUGACAACAAGAAUCUUGAAAUACUCCGAUUGCAAGAAAACAGAAUUUCAACAAUUGAAGAGGGAACAUUCGAUCCCUUGGAGAAACUCACAGAACUUAAUCUUGGAAAAAACAAUCUUACUUCCAUCUCAUCAUCUCUUUUUUCAAAGCUCAAUCAGCUGAAAACCUUUAGGUUGGAUGGGAACCAGCUGACAUCAAUACCUGAUGGAAUUUUUGAUAAUCUACCAAAUCUGAAGGAAAUAGCCAUACACACCAACAGAAUCACAUGCAUACAACCAAAUUUGUUUCCACGUAAAAAUAUAUUGACAACGCUAUUAUUAAACAAUAAUCUCUUGACUGAACUUCCACCUGAGCUAUUUGUGGGUUUCUCUGCACUCAAAAAGUUAACACUGAAUCAUAAUCAGCUCACUGCUCUCCCACCUCUACUUUUCAGAGACGUGCCUACAAUACGUUACUUGUUUCUGAACAACAACAAUAUUACAUCUUUACCUGCUGAGAUUUUUCAGUCACUGAAGCAACUUUUUAAAUUAGACCUGUCCUCAAAUCAGUUUUCAACUCUUUCGGGAGAUUCUUUUUCUGGACUUGAGAAACUUUCUGAACUGAAUCUACGGAAUAAUCUCAUUGUGUCACUUAAGCCUGAAGACUUCACAAACCUAAAAUCUCUUUCUACCCUCAAACUAGAUAACAAUAAGUUGAGAAUGAUUCCACAAGAUGUCUUUGAUUCUCUGCCAAAACUUAGGAAAGUAUUUUUGAACAACAACACAUGGCACUGUGACUGCAACCUGCUCCCCAUGUAUAAGUGGAUGAAAGAAAAUGAGGAUAAGAUAAAGUCUUCUUCUCCGGAGCUUUGUCAGUACCCAGAGGAUUUGAAAGGCCAAUCAAUCACAUCUUUAAAAGAAGAACAACUGAUAUGUCCCACAACUCCAACCAUUGCAACUAUUUCAACAAUUUUGUCAACAACCACAAUUGCCCUAAUAAGAAUUACCACUUCUGUCGUGACUUCAAGUACAGCAACAACAGCUUCACUGACUCCAACACACAUCACCACUCAAACAACACCAACCACUCCUUCCCCGACCACCACAUUAGAAACCACUCAACCUACAACUACACCAUCAACCACUUCUUCUACAGCUGCUCUUAUGACAACAUUCACUACUCCUUCCCCAACCACCACAUUAGAAACCACUCAACCUACAACUACGCCAUCAACCACUUCUUCUACAACUGCUCUUAUGACAACAUUCACUACUCCUGACCUGACCACCACAUUAGAAACCACUCAACCUACAACUACACCAUCAACCACUUCUUCUACAACUGCUCUUAUGACAACAUUCACUACUCUUUCCCCAACCACCACAUUAGAAACCACUCAACCUACAACUACACCAUCAACCACUUCUUCUACAACUGCUCUUAUGACAACAUUCACUACUCUUUCCCCAACCACCACAUUAGAAACCACUCAACCUACAACUACGCCAUCAACCAUUUCUUCUACAACUGCUCUUAUGACAACAUUCACUACUCCUUCCCCAACCACCACGUUAGAAACCACUCAACCUACAACUAUACCAUCAACCACUUCUUCUUCUACAACCGCUCUUAUGACAACAUUCACUACUCCUUCCCCGACCACCAUAUUAGAAACCACUCAGCCUACAACUACACCAUCAACCAGUUCUUCUACAACAACUCUCAUGACAACCACAGAAAUCCUUAUAACAACCACAACUUCAACUGCAGUAUCCACCACUCUAGCAACAACCUCACCACCAACUACUUCGAUCACAGAACAAAUCACUACAUCUGCAGCUUUAACAACCUCUGUUACAAAAGUUCUGAGUCCAGAGGCCACAACAACAACUGCAUUCUUUACUACCCUCACAAUCCGAAAAAUAGAACCUGCCUACAUCACACACAGGACUUUUAUGUGUACUAGUUUCUCCAACCAUCAGUAUCCAUCUCCUGGAAUGUUUUCCUCCUCACCAGCAGGAGCCUCAUCAUGCAAGGCCUUGUUCAUUUCCUACACAGCAUUGUUAGUAUUUGAGAUUUGCUGUACAGUUGUACUCGCCAAAUUUACAUACUCACUGUAUUGUUUGCUCCAAGAAAAAGAAAAGUUUUCUUGUAAUGUCAACCUCACACGCUUCUCCUAUACUAAAUCUAUGACACAACAACCAUGCCAAGAAACUGAGACUGUGGCUCUGUAAGACUGUGUUUGAAUAAGUAUUCACUCACAUGAACUUUUCCACAUUUGUAGUCUUACAAACCUCAAAAUUAAAUUCAUUUUAUUGCUGGGGGUGGGGGGAGAUGGGUGUCAGUAUAGUUUUCAAGAAAAAAUAAAGAGCAAAAAAGUUUGAUCUAACUGCAAUGUUUUGUAAAAUUGUCAACACUAAAACUAUUACACAAAGACCACUCCAAGAAACCGAGACUGUGGCUCUUUGAGACUGUGUUUGCAUAAGUAUUUACUAGCUUGAACACAUUUGUAGUCUUACAAACCUCAAAAUGAAAUUAAUUUAAUUCGGUUUUUUUUUUUUUGGGGGGGGGGGGGUCCAAUAUAGUUUGCAAGGAAAAAAAAGACUAAAAAAACACAUUUGAUCAAACUGCAAAGUUUUGUAAAAUUAUCAAUCAGGGUUUGGCUACAUGGCACAAUUCUCCACAUGAUGCUACCACCACCAUGCUUCACUGUGGGGAUGGGGUUCUCUUAAUGAUAAGCAAUGUUGUGUUUUCUGCCAAACGCUCAUUUGCUUCUCUGACCAAUGCAUUCUCAUGCAGUCACCAAUGCUUGGUGGACAGCCUCCACUAGGAAGAGUUUAUAAAUAGUUGGCAAACUAUAUACUGACACCCCCCCCCCCCAAUUCAUUAUGAUGGGCUUUCAUCAAUAUUAGAACAGAAAUUGUGUUAUGGUUAUUUAUCCUUUCUUUAGAUUUCAUUGAUUUUUUUUGUAACUAUGUAAAAAUAGUUAAAUGUGUGCUACACUAUAUAGCCAAAAUGAUGUGGACCCCUGACCAUCACAUCCCUAUGUGGACCUUCCCCAAAGUGUUGAAAGUUGAAAGCAAACAUUUGUCUAGAAUGUAUUUAUAUGGUGUAAGAUUUCCUUUCACUUGAAUUAUGAGGCCCAAAUCUGUUCCAGCAUAACGAUGCCACUGGGCACAGAUUGAGCUCCAUGAAGACAUGGUUUGCCAAGGUUAGAGUGGAAGAACUCAAGUGGCCUGCACAGAACCCUGAUCUCAACCCCACUGAACAACUUUAGGAUUAACUGGAACAGUGACUGCACCCCAGGCUUCCUCACCCAACAUCAGAGCCAAACUUGACUAAUGCUAUUGUGGAUGAAUGGGCAGAAAUUCCCACAGCCACACCCCAAAAUCUAGCUGCAAACCUUCCCAGAAGAGGGGAGGUUAUUAUAACAGCAAAGAAGAGAACAACUUUGGUAUGGGAUGUUUAAGAAGUAUACAUGGGUAUAUUCAUCAGGUGUCCACAUACAUUUGGCCAUACCAUGUACAUUCAAUUGACUUUCCAUCCUGUCCUGGCAUUGUCAUAAUACUCAUCUCAUCUCAUUCUCAUUAUCUCUAGUCGCUUUAUCCUUCUACAGGGUCGCAGGCAAGCUGGAGCCUAUCCCAGCUGACUACGGGCGAAAGGCGGGGUACACCCUGGACAAGUCGCCAGGUCAUCACAGGGCUGACACAUAGACACAGACAACCAUUCACACUCACACCUACAGUCAAUUUAGAGUCACCAGUUAACCUAACCUGCAUGUCUUUGGACUGUGGGGGAAACCGGAGCACCCAGAGGAAACCCACGUGGACACGGGGAGAACAUGCAAACUCCACACAGAAAGGCCCUCGCCGGGCCCAGGGCUCGAACCCAGGACCUUCUUGCUGUGAGGCGACAGCGCUAACCACUACACCACUGUGCCGCCCUGUCAUAAUACUAAUAGACUAAAUAACAUUAUUAAUGUAUUUGCUUUAUACUAGAUUAGAGUGUGCCCAUACAAAUCACAGCAUAUACUAAGCCCUAAAAAUGUCAAUAUUUUGUAGAAUUACUUAACACUUAAGGAUAUCCAAAGUACUGGAUUUCUCUAUGGUUUACCUUUAAAACACAACUAGGUGAGUAUACUACAUGGACUUGAGGUCAGAAGUUUACAGACACUCAUCAUGGGCAGGAAUGUCAUGGCAAUUUUGAUCUUUCUUGAUGUUUCUUAAUUUCUUGAUCUGUUCUUUUUUUGAUUGUACAAAAUACUGUACAGCUUUAAUUAAAAAAAGAGAUGCAUGGA